AUGCGCCCACCAUCCCCGUCCAUACCAGAAAAAGAGUUUGUCUACGAGGCGCUCAAGCAAUCUUUGCGCUUGGAUGGCCGCCAGCCUCUUGAACUACGAUCUCCGAGAUUGACAUAUGGCUCAGAGCUGGGCUACGUAGAAUGUGCUCUGGGAAAAACACGAGUAAUAGCGAACGUUGAUGCAAAAAUGGUCAAACCUCUGCCUGAGCGGCCUUUUGAAGGGCUUCUCACCAUCCAUUCGGAAAUAUCACCGAUGGCCUCCAGCGAGUAUGAACUUGGUCGACCUUCAGAGGAAGAGAUUACUAUUACUCGAAUGCUGGAUAAGGUGCUCAGGCGCAGCGAUGCCAUCGACAAGGAAUCGCUUUGCAUUCUGGCUGGCCAGAGAGUCUGGCACCUUCGAUUGACCUUGCAUUUUUUGUCAGAUGCAGGAAAUAUGCUCGAUUGCGCAUGUCUAGCGGGUAUCGUCGCUCUCAAGCAUUUCCGGCGACCCGAGGUUGAAGUCAUCGGAGAUGAAGUUACCGUGCAUUCGCCGUCAGAGCGGGCUCCAGUACCCCUUGCCAUCCAUCACACGCCCUUCUGCCUCACCUUUGCCUUCUUUCCCGAUGAGACAACCCAACCAGUUUUAGAUCCCACACUUCUAGAACAGCGAUUGAGUGCCGGCCUGAUGUCCGUCGCAUUGAACGCACAGCGAGAGUUGUGCGUUGUUCAAAAGAUGGGCGGUGUCCCUUUGGUUGCAGAUGGUGUGUUGAGUGUCAUCAAUAUCGCUGUGACCAAGGUCAAGGAGCUGGACGCGCUUGUUGAGGACAGUCUUAGGGAAGACUGGAAGGGUCGACAUGUUGAAGUCAGAUGA